GCACCCAACUUCUCCGGCUCCACCAACUCCAGCCGCCCGCGGGAGCACCCACCCCCCCGGGACGGGGCGGCCGCGGAGUCGCACGUGUGAGCACCGCUUCGCCACGAGCAGCUGCCAAGGAAAGGAAAAGAUGAAGUCUCUGGUUUUCCUGUUUCUUGCCAUCUCUUCUGUAGUCAGCACAAAUUUGAAGCUGGUGUCAAAAAGAAAUUCGGUGGAUGGCUGCAUUGACUGGUCAGUGGAUCUCAAGACAUACAUGGCUUUGGCAGGCGAACCCGUCCGAGUGAAAUGUGCUCUUUUCUACAGCUACAUCAGGACUAACUAUAGCAUGGCCCAGAGCACAGGAUUGAGGCUCAUGUGGUACAAAAACAAAGGUGAUUUGGAAGAGCCCAUUAUAUUUUCUGAAGUCAGAAUGAGCAAAGAUGAAGACUCAAUAUGGUUUCAUUCAGCUGAGCUGCAAGAUAGUGGAUUCUACACAUGUGUCCUCCGAAACUCAACAUAUUGUAUGAAGGUGUCAAUGUCCUUGACAGUGGCUGAGAAUGAAUCAGGACUGUGCUACAACAGUCGAAUCCGAUAUUUGGAAAAGUCAGAAGUCACUAAAAGAAAAGAGAUCUCCUGCCCUGACAUUGAGGAGUAUAAAACUUCAAAUGAAGAACCAAACGUUGUUUGGUACAAGGAAUGCAUGCCAAAAAUGUGGAGGAGCAUAAUAAUGCAGAAAGGAAAUGCUCUUCUAAUACAAGAGGUUCAAGAGGAAGAUGGAGGAAAUUACACAUGUGAAUUAAAAUAUGAAGGAAAACUAAUACGCCGAACAACUGAAUUGAAAGUUACAGCUCUACUCACAGACAAACCUCCUAAGCCACUGUUCCCCAUGGAGAACCAGCCAAGUGUUAUAGAUGUCCAACUGGGCAAACCGCUGAAUAUUCCCUGCAAAGCAUUCUUUGGGUUUAGUGGAGAAUCAGGCCCUAUGAUCUACUGGAUGAAAGGGGAGAAGUUUAUUGAAGAACUGGAAGGUCACAUUAGAGAAGGUGAAAUAAGACUUCUCAAAGAGCACCUUGGAGAAAAAGAAGUGGAAUUAACAUUAACCUUUGAUGCUGUUCAGGAGGCAGAUUUGGCUAAUUAUACGUGCCAUGUGGAAAAUCGAAAUGGUCGUAAACAUGCUAGUGUUUUACUGCGCAAAAAAGAUUUGAUCUACAAAAUAGAGCUUGCAGGAGGGCUGGGAGCAAUCCUGCUCCUACUUGUUCUGCUUGUGACCAUCUAUAAAUGCUACAAUAUAGAACUGAUGCUCUUCUACAGACAGAAUUUUGGAGGUGAUGAGGCUGCAGAUGACAAUAAGGAAUACGAUGCCUAUCUCUCGUACACAAAAGUGGAUCCAGACACCUUGGAUUGUGACAAUAAUGAAGAAGAGCAAUUUGCACUUGAGAUACUACCGGAUGUUCUGGAAAAACAUUACGGUUAUAAACUCUUCAUCCCAGACAGGGACCUGAUUCCCAGUGGAACGUACAUUGAAGAUCUCACAAGAUGUGUUGAGCAAAGCAGAAGACUUAUUAUCGUGCUAACUCCAGACUAUGUUCUCAGGAGAGGAUGGAGUAUUUUUGAGCUGGAAAACAGACUCCAUAACAUGCUAGUCAGUGGAGGAAUCAAAGUUAUUUUCAUUGAGUGUACAGAAUUAAAAGGGAAAGUGAAUUAUCACGAAGUGGAAUCGUUAAAGCACAGCAUCAAACUUCUGUCAUUGGUCAAGUGGAAAGGACCAAAAAGCAGCAAAUUGAAUUCUAAGUUUUGGAAGCACUUAGUCUAUGAAAUGCCUGCCAAGAAAAAAGAGGUAUUAUCUCGACGCCAGGUCCUGGACUCUGCAGAGCAGGGGCUUUUUGGAGAUUUGCAAACUGUACCUUCCAUUGCUGUGACAGGCACGUCUGCCUCUGUAGUAGCAUCUCAAUCAGAUUUAUCUGACUUUCGCCCAACAGAUUCAUUGCAAAGGCGCCAUUAUUGCCGAGGUUAUGACUAUGAAAUGCCAACAGCAGCCUUGCCAGUAGCUUCCAUAGGUAACCACCACACGUAUUGUAACAUACCUAUGACACUACUAAAUGGACAACUACCUCUUAAUAAUGCUGUGAAGGAUACCCAAGAGUUUCAUAAGAACAGUCCUUUGCUGCCUUUGUCAUCAAAGGAGCUUAGCUUCACCAGUGAUAUUUGGUAGUGGCGAUCAGAAUUCUCGCUGCUGUAUGAGCAUCCUGAAGACCUGUUUUUACCGAGCGGUAAACCUAAAUGAUAGGGGUGCCAAAAAGUCUUGGGGAGAAAAGGGCACAGUAACUCGCUUUUGUACUUGAAUGUUUUUGUUUACAUUUGCCAACUCUUUAAAAAAGGAGACCUUCUUUUGUAGUUCAGUAUCUAGUUUAGAUGUGUAGCUUGGUUUCUGGAAGAAAAGCAAAGCACAUUGUGUUUAGAGUAGAUUUGAAUAGCUCAUACAUUAUAGAAGAUAUUAGAUGAUCUAGUAGACCCAUAUUUAUCAACUAGAAUUUCUGUAUUUAUGCAGAAUUUAAGAUAAGGAAAACUAGAGACUUUAGUACAGUUUGCAGAGCCUAAAAGUAUGUCAAAAACAUUUUAUAGAGCAAACAAAAUGAGUACUUUUCCAAAGAAUUGGUAGGAUUACCCAUUUGUAGCUCUGUUAAACAUUUGUGGAGGAAAGUAGUAAGAAAAAUAUGAAGAAUCAAUAGUUUCUUCAAAUGUGGGCACAGUUACCAGAGAACAAUUCAAAAUCUCAUGUCAACAUAAAUCAGUUUUGUUCACAAAGUACAUCUUACUCAGAUCAGGAUGGGCAGGUGGCUAAACAAUUGUUUUGUUCUGUUAACACUACACUUAGCUCGUUUAGGAUACUAUUAAAUAGAUCUAGUGGUAUAGAUAACUUCACAAUUUUACAAGUUUAUUGUAUUUUUAAGUACUGGAGCACACGUUUUAUCAUUUGU